UGCGUUUCGGGGCAACGUAUCUGAAAGCGGUGCACAUAUAUAAAUAGCUGUGCCGGGAAAAAUCAUAACGACAAGUGGACCAAAAUCGCUAGAGCAACAGAAAUUCAAAAGGCAGAAGAAGGUCGUGAAUCAUUUCAGAUUCAAUUACCAAAACCAAACAUGUUUCCGCUUUCCAACCCUUCUCUUUCUCUGCAAUCUAGCAUCGUCGCACCGAUUCCAGCAAAACCUACCAAACACUCUUCCACUCUCUCCGUCACCAACUCCGCGUCUUCCGGCGAGAGAAUCACCGCAGCUCGCCGGAGAACCAUCUCGCCCUUCGAAGCCAGAAUCUCACUCGUCUUCGCCCUCGCUUCUCAAGCCAACUCUCUCUCCCAGCGACUUCUAGCGGACGUGGCUGGCGAGACUGCGAAAUACGUGUUUCCGAAGAGAUUUGAAAGCCGCACUCUCGAGGAGGCGUUGAUGAGUGUUCCGGACCUUGAGACUGUCCAGUUCAAAGUUCUGAGUAGAAGGGACCAGUAUGAGAUUAGGGAAGUUCAGCCUUACUUUGUGGCAGAGACAACAAUGCCUGGGAAGAGUGGGUUUGAUUUCAAUGGUGCUUCUCGGUCGUUUAAUGUCUUAGCUGAGUACCUUUUCGGUAAGAAUACAAUGACGGAGAAAAUGGAGAUGACUACACCUGUUUAUACAAGUAAAAAUCAACCUGAUGCGAUUAAAAUGGAUAUGACAACUCCUGUGUUAACAACAAAGGUGGAAGAUCAAGAUAAGUGGAAAAUGUCUUUUGUCAUGCCAUCAAAGUAUGGUGCUAACUUGCCACUGCCUAAAGAUUCCUCUGUGAGAAUUAAAGAGGUGCCCAGAAAAAUAGUUGCUGUAGUUUCCUUUUCAGGUUUUGUGAAUGAUGAAGAAGUUAAGCAGCGCGAACUGAAACUACAAGAAGCUUUAAAAAGUGACAGUCAGUUUAAAAUUAAAGAGGGAACUUCAGUAGAAGUUGCACAGUAUAAUCCACCAUUUACUCUUCCAUUUCAACGCCGUAAUGAGAUUGCACUGGAGGUGGAAUGGAAAACUAAGUAAGAAUAAUAUUGGCCAAUUUACAAUCUUGAGAGAAGUCACAUAUGAAUAGAGGAAACUAGAAGACGUGUCAAUAGUAAGAUUUCCCCAUCUUACUUCUUCAGUAAUAUAUACAUACACCUUUUGAUUUUAUUUUCUCUUGUUAUACUUAUUUGGUGGUGUUGAGAUGUGGAAGUUGGUGGAUGGUUUGACAGCUUAGUUGUUUCCCUUUUGUUUGUAGUGCUUCUGAACUUGUGUAAAAUGGAGGAUUAUUCUUCAUUGAAUUUAGUCCUUGUUGUGCUUAUCAGAUAUUAAAAGGGGCAUGUUUUACAAUUUGAAAUAUUGAAUUUCUCCUUCUUGUUUA